CUGGCAACACUUAUUAAAAUUAACAAUGGCGGGAGAAGUUGUCGUGGAUGCUUUACCGUACAUCGACCAAGGUUACGAUGAACCUGGUGUGCGAGAGGCUGUUCUUGCAAUGGUGGAGGAAGAAACAAGAAGAUACAGACCAACGAAAAAUUAUUUAGAACAUUUACCAGGUUUAAAUAUGCAUUCCUUUGAGACUGAAAUUAUUAGAAAUGAAUUUGAACGACUUCAGGCUCGUCAACCGAUGGAAAUGUUAAGCAUGAAACGAUACGAAUUACCUCAGCCACCAUCUGGUAAAAUGACAGACAUAGCUGCUUGGACAGAAUGUGUAGAUAAUUCAAUGGCACAAUUAGAACACCAGGCGACUAGAAUUGCAAACUUGGAACUGAUGUCUAAAUAUGGAUGCGAAGCAUGGAAAAUGUACAAUUCAAUUUUAGUAAAAAUGUUGCAACAGACUCAAAAACAAUUACAAGAAUUAAGAAAAAAUAUUCAAGAAGUUAAUUGGCAGAGAAAAACUACGCAAACAGAAGCAGGAGAAAAACUAAGAAAUUUAGAAGCAAGUUGGGUAGGAUUAGUAAGUAAAAAUUAUGAAAUCGAACGAGCUUGUGCAGAGUUAGAAGAAGAAAUCACCAACGUGGAACAAGAAAUUCAAAAGUCAAAAUCAAGUCCGACUCCGACUCCCACAAUUCAAUAAUGGUCAGUGUUAUUUUUAAUUAUAAAAUUGUAAAUCUGAAUUUAUCAAGAUGUGUGUAAUAAAUAUAAUAAAAAUAAACAUUUUUUUACUGCAACAUUCCUUCGUAGACAUUUU